AUGACGAUUAAGAAUACAUCAACUAAAGAUAAUAUUUAUCAUUUUGUCAAUGCUAAAAUAAAUGGAUAUUAUGUAUUAGGCAAAAAUAAUUCUCAACUUGUUCGAGAUCAAUUGGAUCUUCUUGGUUUUAAUCGAUAUGAUUCUUUGCCUAUUGGUGGUGUCAAAUUCAAUUGGAUAACACGUAGUGCUGACAUAGAUUGGAAAACAUUUGAUUCAAAUUUUCAAAUUCUUAAUCAUAUUUAUAAUGAAAGACAAUUGUCAAAUAAAGGUUUACUAUUAACUAAUUUAAAAAAUUAUGAAAUGACUAUUCUUAAAAAUAAACGUUUUAAUGAAAUAAAUACUAAUAAAACAAGAUUAAUGCCAUCAUCAAAUAUUGAUAAUUAUUUAUCAUUGAAAACAUUUCUACCCGAAACAUAUUUACUUGAUAAUACAAAUGAUCGAAUUACAUUUAAGAAAAUAUUCAAAGAUGGUUCAACAUGGAUUUGUAAACCUGUAGGACUUUCAUGUGGACGAGAAGUAUUUAUUUUUCGUAGUCAACAACAACUUGAAAGUCUUUUAAAUGAAUAUCAUAAAAAUUCUCGAAAUAAUCAUUAUUGUACAUUAUAUUAUAAUCGUCUCGUUCAAAAAUAUAUUGAAAAUCCAUUACUUAUUAAUAAACAUAAAUUUGAUAUUCGUACAUAUUUAUUAUGUAUUUGUAUAUCAAAUGAAAUUUUAUGUUUUGCUGCACAAACAGGAUAUCUUCGUUUGUCUAUGUAUAAAUAUGAUUUAGAAAAUAUGAAUAAAUUUAUUCAUUUAACAAAUCAAAGUAUUCAAAUCAAAAAUAAAAUUUUUUCAUCAGUAAAACAUAAUACUGGUAUGACAAUGGAUGAAUUUAAUGAAUAUUUUAAUGAAUAUAUUCAACCGAAUAUGCCUUAUAUUAAGAAAGGUUGGGUAUUAAAUGAAUUACCUGAAAAAAUUACAAAAAUUCUUAAUCAAGUAGCUGAUUCAGUUAGAAAUAAAUUAUCAAUACGUGAAGGAUGUUUUGGUUUUUAUGGUGUAGAUAUUUUAAUUGAUGAAAAACUGAAUUGUUGGUUACUUGAAAUUAAUAGUGGACCUACAUUAGAUAUGACCAAUGCAGCAUUGGAAAAAGUUAUUCCAAUAUGUCUCAAUGCAGCUCUUAGUAUAUCAAAGCAUUUUUAUUUAAUUUUAAAAUUGGAUUUAAUCUAUUUAACAGAUAUAGUGAUUGAAUCUUUGGAUAAUUAUCGUUCAUUAGGCUCAGUAUUUCCUCUUCAUAGUUCAAAUAUCUUUAAAUAUUUGUUACCAUCAAAUCCUCCUGUACUAUCACCUAUUAUAUCGAACCAAAUUCCAAUUUUUACAUCUCUGAAUACUCAUCGUAUUGAUUUAACACCAGGAGUACUUGUUUCAUUUCAUCGUUAUCGUCGAUUACCUUUACUUUCACAUUCAAAAUCACCUAAUCAUUUCUCUAAAUCUGUUCUUCAAAAAAUUAAAUUAACUCAAAAAAAAUCAACACCAGUUAGAAGUCAACAUCAAUCGAUCAUUCAUAAUGUUAUAAAAAAAAUGGAUCGAGAACAUCUAUCACAUCAACUUACUGAAUUUAUUCGAAUGAAUAAUAAACCAAUAAUAUUAAACAAUAAAUUACAUGAACAAGAUUCGAUAAUCCAUUCAAUUCUUCAAUAA